AUGCAAUCUAUUUACACUCCAUUUACUAAUUUAUUAAAUUCUAACAAUACUGUUGUUAAUGAACCAUUAAAUAAAGAAAAAGUUUUAAAAGAAAAUUAUUUACUGCUUAAAAAUUCUGAGAAGAAUUUUUUUCCACCAAGAAAAGUAUUAAUUAUAUCAAAAACUACUAGGUUACAAUGGGAAAUGUCUCUAAAAGAUGUUAAUUAUAAAAAAAUUAAAAAUGAAAAAGUUUUUUUUGAUGAAAUUUCAAAUGAAAAUAUUUCUCCUCACAUAAUAGUAAAACAUUUAAAACAUAUAAAAUAUGUUAAUAAAAUAAUACAUGCGUUGAAAAAACAUUGUAUUCAAAUUAAAAUUAUCUAUUUUGAUGAAUACAAUGAAAAUAGUUCUAAAGGAUUUGAUCUUAUUAUUACUGCCGGUGGUGAUGGAACAUUUUUGACUGGUGCAUCAAAAAUUAAAAACAAUAUUCCUAUUAUUGGACUAAACUCUGAUUAUCAUGGUUCUGAAGGAUACUUAUGUAUUGGAAAAAAAAUGAAUAUUCCUCCUAAAAUUAUUAUUAAUAAAUUUUUAGAAAAAAAAUUUGAUUGGAUGUAUAGACAAAGGAUAAAAGUUAUAGUGAAAGAAAGAAGUAUAACAAAAGAAAAAAAUAUGUUGGUGAAUAAAAAAAUAUUUUAUGUUUUAAAUGAAGUUUUUAUUAGUGAAAUAAAUUCUGGUAAAGUAAGUUAUUUUGAAGUUUCAAUAAAUAAUGAAAAACCAGUCAAACAAAAAAAUAGUGGUAUUUCUAUAUGUACUGGGACUGGUUCAACAGCUUGGCAUUUUAAUAUCAACAAAUUAUAUGAUGAUAAACUAAAAUCUAUUAUUAAUGUUCUUGAAAAUAUGGGUGUUAUAUUUGAAAAUAAAAAUUCAAAUUUUAUUAAAGAAGUUUGUAAUCGUUAUAACAAAAAACUUAUAUUUGAUCCAUUUUGUUGUCAAAUGGCAUAUACAUUUAGAGAACCAAUAUAUAAUAAUACAUUUCACCAAAUGUCACAAAAAGGUUUUACAAGAAAUAUAAAAAUAAUAUCAAAAUGUUCAAAUGGAGGUCUAUUUCUUGAUGGUAAUAAUUUAAUACCAAUUAAUUUUAAUAGUGAAAUUAUUCUUCAAAUACUUCCCGAAGAUUCUUUAAAAACUGUUUACAUGAACUUUGAUAAUUAA